AUGUUCCGCUGCGCAUUCCACGCUGUCGCGCUGUAUCGCAGUGAUGUCUGCUCCUCAGCUGCCGUCGCGUGCAAGAAGAAGGGCCGCAGGAACGAUGUAAAGGGCUCGAAGGGACGCAGCUCCACGGAAUUCUCCCCAUCGUCGCCCAACGGCGCCAGCGUAAACGGGGCGCCACGAUCGACGCUCGGGGAUAUCGACGCCGCAAAGGCGUCGUUGGGGAGUUGA